GAACGGUUUCAGCUAAGUUUGUCCGCAGAUCUCACAUUUAGGAUUAAGUUUGAUAGUCGGAUUGUGAUCUCCGAGGGACUAGUCAGUCGUCGAGUGUGUUCGUGACCGAAGUCUUAGCUGAAGAAGAGACUAGGAGAUCUCCUUGUGUCUCCAGUAGAUAAGAACCCCGGAGAAUCGGUUGUAAUGUGCCCAGCUACCUAUUUCAAUGCCAUGAUGAGCACGUUUGUAUGCAAUCCGGGGUACCGUAUUGUCAGCUACAGUGAAGCACAGGUGUUGAAGGAGGUACGGGAGGACGCACAGCUACGGGGGAUUCAGAAAACAGUAAAUUGGGAUGCUAAGGGAACGUUCGGUGCUGCGUAUGUGAUUCCAAAGCAGAAGGAUCUGGGUCGUUUCAGACCGAUCUGUCCAUCGUUCAAAGAACCGAUGGUGAGAACUGCAAGAAUGAUGAGUAAAGCAUUGAAACCGAUGGUGAGAACUGCAAGAAUGAUGAGUAAAGCAUUGAAACCGAUGGUGAGAACUGCAAGAAUGAUGAGUAAAGCAUUGAAUUUCCUUCUGUACAAUCUGCCAAAGAGUUGGCACUUCAACCUUCGAGCUGUCUCAGACUUGACAGCGCAAAUUGAAAGAAUCAACAGUAGACUGAGUAAACUGCCCGGGGAACGUGAGGUAAAUUCCUACUCAUUUGACAUCAAGGAAAUGUUUUGUAAGUUACCUCACGAUGUCAUCCUGCAAGCUGUUGACUGGAUCAUUGACCACCAUAUGUCAAAGGGACACGAGUCGGUGCGAGUGAACACCCGUGGGAAAGGAGCGGCAUUUGGGGUUACGACAGGAUCUGACCAUUGGAAGAGGUUGAAUUUGGAAGAAGUGAAGAGCUUCGUGCAGUUGGAGAUUGAGCACACAUAUUUCUGCGGAACAGGGGUAUUACUGAGACAGGUGGUAGGUGUGCCAAUGGGCAAGAGUAUGAGCCCGCCGAUCGCCUGCAUCAUGUGCGCAUACUCUGAGUACCAGUUAACAUGCACCCUCGGACAAGCAUGUCGUUUCUUCGGUGCACUGCGUUUGAUUGAUGAUGUGCUGUUAAUCAUAUCCAGUCGGGAUGAGAGAACGAGGGCACUGAUCUUCGAGGCGUUGUCUAACUGUCACCCGGAGGGACUGGUCCUGAAAAGGACGGAUGACGGUUCAGGCACUUUGGAGUUUCUGGGUUGCCAGAUUCGGACAAGGCAAACUUAUCCGUAUGUAGGCUGCAUGCAGUUGUCACAGAAUGACGAUAGUAUUUGGACCCAAGACAAGCUACUAAUCCAGAAUGAUCAGUCUUUCCAUUCCUGGGGAAGCAAGAAGCACAAAAGCGCCGUGAUCGGCAGCCUUCUGCACCGUAUUAACCAGAAUACCUCCAUCCGGUCAGAGAUACCGGGGCGAGUGCUGGGACUGCAGCAGGAGUUGGUGAAGAAAGAUUUUCCAGUGAAAUUUGUGAACAGGGUAUUUCACAGAUUCGGYAGCAGACGUGAUGGGCUAUGGAGACGGACAAUUGAGUUUGUUUGUGACAAACAGUAGGACUAAGUACGCAAACAAGGGAACAGUGAACUUAGACUGUGUGUGCUUGCCUCAAGGAUUCGAACAGGGUUUCAGUAAGCCGGCAAG